UUAACAAUCAUUACCACAUCACUGAUUUCUACAUUUUCAACUAGCUGCUACAUACUAUACAUACUAGUACAUAACACUAAAAGCAUAGGCGAAUAAGAACUUUGUUUAUUGUUUGAGGUGAGCUACGGCUACAGAAAUGUCUGUCAUACAAAGACAUAAGAAUUGGUGGAAUGAAGUUCUGUGGAAACCAAAGAAAGCACACUCCCUGGAACAGCUGAAGUUCAAUUACCAAGUACUUCAGCGCAACACAGUGGUGACAGAUCACAACAGACAGCUACUGGUGGAGACAUUCAGGUCCAUUGCUGAGAUCCUCAUCUGGGGUGAUCAAAAUGACUCGAGGGUAUUCGACUUUUUUUUGGAGAAGAAUAUGCAAUCUUUCUUUCUCCGAACGCUGACACAGAGGUGUGGUCGGUUUGUGUGUGUGCAGCUACUGCAGACACUUAACAUUCUGUUUGAAAACAUCAAAAAUGAGACGGCCAUCUACUACCUCCUCUCCAACAACCAUGUGAACUCCAUCAUUGUCCUCAAGUUGGACUUCUCUGAUGAGGAAGUGCUGGCUUACUACAUCUCCUUUGUCAAGACUCUCUCCUUCAGACUCAACUCUCACACUAUACAUUUCUUCUACAACGAGCAUCUUAGGGACUUCCCCCUCUACACGGAGGCUAUAAAGUUCUUCAACCAUUCUGAGACUAUGGUACGAAUUGCAGUGAGGACACUCACACUCAACGUCUUCAAAGUGGAUGACAAGAACAUGCUUGAGUACAUUCGCAACAAGACAGCUGCCCCUUACUUCUCUAACCUGAUCUGGUUCAUAGGCAACCACAUCAUAGAGCUGGAUGAAUGCCUCAUCUCACAAGCACACCAUCUGAAUCGUGGUCGUCUCGAGGAGUCAGUGGCUGAGCACUUGGACCACCUCCACUACAUUGGUGACAUCCAGUCUCUAGGGGUGGAGCCUCUCAAUGCCGUCCUAGUGGACCACCUCCUCAACAGACUCCUCAUACCUCUCUAUGUCUACUCCCUGAGCGACCAGGCUUGGCCGGAUGAGGAGGAAAGCCCUCGCAUCAGCUCCAAGAUAGCACUCUUUCUGCUCUCUCAAGUGUUCCUGACUCUCAGUAACCCGGCUGUGGUCACCCAGCUAGCCUACUUCAUUCUGACUGGAGACUCCACCCUCUCCCUACCGCCCUCUCUCUCAGCUACCCCAUCCACGGAUAACAAGAGGGACAGUGCAUCGUUCAGUGGAGUGUGUGCUUUUGUACCCCCCACAGCUAGUCUAGACGUCUCCCUCAACUCGGAGACAGUGCCUGGGGCCAGUGGAUACAUACCAGCACGUCCAGUCACCGUACGGAACAGAAUCAGUGGCAGGAACAAAGAGGAGAUCGUAGAGGAGGGCUCGAGUACGGAGUCCAUGUCUCACAUGCGUCAAGCUCAAGGUCAUGCGUCCAGUAGUGUGGAGGGCUACACUGACACUGUGGUGGACCAGCAAUACGUGCUCAUCGAGGCUUCUCCACACGCUGACAGUGUUCUGGCUGCCCAGCAACCAGCGGCUCCAGAAGGUCAGAGUCCAUCGCAAAAGAGCCCAGCAAGAAAGAGCCCUAAGAGAAGUGCAAAGACCCCUCCCACCUCUCCGAGUCACCAUGGCAACAUCCCUGUAGUGAGCACAGUCUUCCUGGACGCCCUCAUGAGUGCCCUCGCUGUGCGCUCAGACGAUUCAAAGUGUUUGUUUGCUCUGGCUCUCAUUUACUCACUGGUCAAGAAUAAAGGUGUUCACCCUCGUCUACUGGAGGCCUUCUCCCUCACUCCUCUAUCAUCUCAGGGCUCCAAGGCUACAGGCUAUAACAAUGAGGUCAUCACGCUCAUCCUCUCGAUCUUGGAUACCUCCACUGUCACCAGUAACUGUAUCCGAUUGGUUACGCUCAAAAUGGCCACCAUGUUGCUCAAGCUGUUGCUCGGAGGGGAUAGUAUGACAUCACCUGGUGCUCAUGUGACUGGACUAAGCGACCACCACAUUGCACUCAUUGAGAGCAUAUACGAAUCAUCCAUACUACAGCUACGACUGUUUUACAAGGGAACGGCAGACGAGAUUUUCCUGGACAUGUUUGAAGAUGAGUAUCACAACGAAAAAUCUUUUCAUGUGAAGGUGCCAUACCUGAUGAUGGAUGCUGCCAUGCUCCUCCCACCAACUGACACGCCCCUAACUGGAAUAGACUUCACACGGCGACUACCCUGUGGAGAGAACGAGAGAGCUCGCAAAGCAAUGAGAGUCUUCUUUGCCAUCAGAAUGCUGAGUCAGCAAAUGUCUGGGACAGAGGAACGAGAAUUACCUCUCACGUUGCCUAGCAACUCGGGUCAAGUGGGGGACGUUGUUGACCUAAAUAACUGUGACCUUGUGGCUUGUGUUGUCACUAUUGGUGAGAAGGCGUCGAAUCAUUUCAUGGUUGUCACGGAGACAGAGUUCCUUCUAGUUGACCCGGACAAAACCAGACUUGGCUGGGGAAUCAUCCACUUUAUUGCUUUCCUACAGGAUGUGGACAUCACGGCUGAUCCUGCCACUAGCUGCUCCCUAUUUGUCACUAUCCACAGCCGCGCCUCCAAACAGAAGAAGCCGGCUCUCUCCGGUCGUUUCCAAUUCGAGGACCACAUUCGAUGCAUUGCCGCUAAGCAAGUCAUCCAGCGAUCCAGAGACAAACUUCGAGGAGCCAAAAUGACAAGAAUUGCUAAAAUGUUGCAUAUUCCGCUCCCUGACUCCCACCCAUCUUCCCUGUCCAUCCCCGGAGCCACUGGACAUCAUUACAAUCAUCAAUCGUCAGUUAUUAGUCUCACCCCCACUCCGGAUGAUCCAAGGCCCAUAUCACCGUCUACCGCCCACCAGAUGUUCGCACCAGCUGGAGCUAAUCACACGUCUGCCCCUGACGAUCAGGACAACAUAGAGAUGUCUAAUCUUCGAUAUUCCACUCUAUUUCAAUCAUCUCACGAACAUAUUCUCGACUCCUCUAUACGACUAGCCUUGCCUUACGCUGAGGAUCAAACAGUUCAUCUGGACACUGCACGUAUGGGAGUACGGUAUCAUCGAGACUGGUCUUCCUCACCAUCUCCUAGCUGUGAGGUUGACACACUUGAAUCCUCAGGCCCUGAAGAUUCUCUCCUGACCCUUCAAGAUAGCGAGGAAUGUGCAGCUGUCGGCUACAGUGUAACAAAGCUGAAGGAGUCUCCUGUAGAGAGGAGGAAGAAAGAACAACAAGAGGAUGGAGGUCGUAUUGUUGAGUGUGGUGCUCUCACUAUCAUAGUUAGCAGCGAACAAGACAAGCCCUCGGAGAACAAUAAUGAGGAUACCUCUGCCAUUAAUCAGACUGUUGAGGAACCCCCUCUCGUUACUCAGACUGCGGAGGAAGCCCCUAUCAUUACUCUAACUGCGGAGGAAGCCCCUAUCAUUACUCUAACUGCGGAGGAAGUCCCUAUCGUUAUCGAGGAAGCUCCUGUCGUUACUCAAACUGUGGAGGAUGUCCCUAUCAUUACCGAGGAAGCCCCUGUCGUUACUCAGACUGUAGAGAAUGCCCCUCUCAUUACUCUAACUGCGGAGGAAGCCCCUAUCGUUACUCAAACUUUGGAGGAUGUCCCUAUCAUUACCGAGGAAGCCCCUGUCGUUACUCAGGCUGUGGAGGAAGCCCCUGUCGUUACUCUAACUGCGGAGGAAGCUUCUGUCGUUACCCAGACUGUGGACUCUAUUAUUUUAGAUUUAGAAUCCCUGUAGUUUGCUGUGUGUAUUGUUUUUUGUUUAGAUACUUGUGUGAAUGUGUUUUUGUUGUGCAAGUAAAAGAAAAAAUUAACUAAUUCUGGUUUUGUGUGA